AACAAAACAUGACGUCAUCACGGCGCGCCGCUAGAUGAAGUUGGUAAAUAAGGGAAGCGUGAAGUUUUCCUGCCAAAUGCAGCCAAAAUAAACAGCUCAACUACAAUAAAAAUGGAAACAGUGAACGUAGCACUUUGGCGCUCGUCUUCGCUAAAAUAAAGUGCUUUACCCGCUUCCAGCCUUCUUAAAGGUCUCUGUUGACACUCGGAUCCUGCAGACCCAGAGUCCCCCCUCAUGGAUCAGCUGGAGGGACUCCCUCCUGAAGUCUGGGUUCAUGUCUUCAGCUUCCUCUCGACUAAAGAGAAGCACACGGUCCGCCUCUGCUGCAGGUCCAUGAAGAGGCUCGUAGACCACCCUUGCCUGUGGAAGAACCACACGGUUGUUCUGUCGGACCUCCGCCGGUACACCUACGGCUUCUGGGACACCCUCAACCACCGAAAACUCACCCGGGUGGCGGUGCGACACCUGCGGCGGAAAGAGUGGCGGCGGCUCGUGAAGUUCCUGCCGUCACUUACCGCAAUGGUGUUCAUGGACGGAGAGCGGACGUACAGGGAGAAGUACCUGGACAGCCUUGCGCACUUCCCAGACUUGAGGGAGUUCGGGGUGCGGAACGUUACCUGGGACGAGGCGAUGCUGGGCCGAAGCGUGAACGCGCAACUGACGGAGCGGCUGACGCACCUGAGCGUGUGCAAUGUCCGGCUGACCUGCACGGUGAACUUUAUCAACACCGUGGCGCUUCUGGUGAACUUAAAGUUCCUGCUCUUCCACCAGGAGGGGAAGGCUUACUGGCCGCACAGGGUGAGACCAGUUCCCGGGAGCGUCUUCCACCACAUGCUGCUAAACUUGAAGAAGCUGGAACACCUGUCCUGGGGAAUGAGGGGCGAGCCGCCACAACCUCUGCCGAACGACUACUUCAGCCCCACGGACCCGGAGCAGCCAGGUCAGACAAGUUCCAUUAUAGUCUAGGCGUGCACCAUCACAAUUUCCUGGCCGAUCACCGAUCUUUAAAAAGCUUGACCUGCCGACUACAGAUUACCGCGGGCCUGUCAUUCAGGCAAAGCAAAAGGCUCCAACGGCUGACUUUCAGACCUUUGCUGAGGUAGAUAAGAUAGGUAGAUAAUAUCAAUUUGCUAUGUAAGGAUCAACUGAUCACCAAUCCCCCCGAAAUUGAGGAUGUCGGCGCCGAUCGAUCGGCCGGCCGAUUUAUCGGUGCAUGUUCAGUCCAGUCCUUCUUAUAGUCUUCACCAGAUAACCAGAAAACCACAUACGCCAUCUUGGGGAGGAUACAGUCUUUAACAGUGAACCACAAAAGGCUAGAAAUAUCAAACUUUACAUGUGGGCUAUUUUAAUGUUGGCAUUUCCGUCUCUCCCUCUGUCUUUUGGGUUUUAGGAGUUCCCCAGUAUGGUGGUCCAGCACUGACCAGUCUGGAGUUGUUUAAUUACCCUGAAUCCAUCCUGCCAGAGAACGCCCUAAAGAGUCUGACCUCACUCAGAUCACUGAUGGUUCGCUACAGCUACAUAAGAGAGGGCAUCAAGUGUCGCCUCAAGUCCUGGCUGAGUCCUCUGCAGCAGCUGGAGACGCUCACCAUCAUUGGUAAAAAUUAAAUUCCUCAUCUCCUUCUGUUUGGAUUUUGGAUGUUUUUAGUCAAGGUGGUUGUUGUUUGAGACUAACUUCUUGCUGUUGUUCCCCUCAGGUGAUAACACUCUUUCAUCAUAUACAACCACCCUUCCAUCCUCUAUAACCAGGCUGACGCUGCGUGUGGGCAUAACUCUGAAAGACAUGGACCUGAUAGCGCCUUCAAUCCCGGGGCUCAAGCACUUGGAUAUUGAACAGAACCGCUCCAGCGGCAGUCUCUGCAGACGGAUCCCCAUGUUGUUUCCACAGCUCAGGACACUCAGGAUACGGUAAGUGGCAAAUUGUGUCACACGGGUUUGGAAAGACGCAUUUAAGUGAUACUAUCGUUACUAAAGUUGAAAUAACUAGAGAAGCAAGCGGUCUGCAACAUUCAUCUCUUAAGGAGGUGUCUAACUCUGUGUUUGACCAGAAAUUAAUUUUACGCUGGAAUAUCCCUUUUAAGGUUCAAAGGUGUAGGACCUAACAUUGACCCCUGGGGGACACCACAAUUCCUUUUGUAAUGUCUGGAUGAGAAUCACAAAUACUCGCAUGCUUUAACUUAAAAUUUGCCUCCACUGAGACUUGAAUUUCACGCUGCAGUAACAGCCUCGCUUGCCUCCUCGUCUCCCAGGUUUCUCCGUAGAGAACCAGAGAGGGACCUGCUGAACAUUCUCCAGCUGCAGCACCUGGAGCGCCUUGAGCUGAUGGUUGAUCGCUUGUUCAUCCACCAGGAACACUUUAAUAAACACAAGUGGCCCAGCCCGAGAGUGCAGGAGCUGAUCGACCAGCUCAGAAGGCUAUCCAACUAUAGGAUCAGCAUCACAACGGAGAUGCGCCAGAGGAACCUCCUGAGAGAGUGUGACUGUGAAAUCGACUGGAUUGUGAGGAAGCAAGAGCCUCCGUAAGGCCUGAGGAGGAGAUGUCACAGAUCAGGUUUCAGUCAGGGACAACUGAGGCUUAUGAAGAUCUUCAGACUCCAGAAACAUGCAGCUUCAAAGAUCUGCUAUGGAGUUGUGAAUUUAAGAGCAGUCCUGGCUCAAGAGGCUCUAGAAAUGAAACACCAAACACAAAAGUGCCCCAAAGUGUAGGCGCAGAGAAUCUUGUUUUGGUGAUCUGUUGAGUAAAAUGGAUAUUUUACAUCUUGGAAAAAAUGUAAAAAUACUGUAAAUUUGUCAGAAAAAUUAUACUGCAAUCUGACUUGCAGCCAGUGUUUUUUUAUUUUUUUUUAUCUGCACUAUUUCUUUUUCAUUUGCCGCGGGCUUUGUUUUCCCUUUUUUUUUCUUUGCAUUCUCUUUUACAAAAUCAGCCAAUGUCUCAAACCUGAAACUCAUUUAUAGUAAACAGAGUGUUUGUAUUUAAGAGGUCUGAAAGAGAGCUUAUUCUGGGAUUUUGAAGAACCAGUAACUUUUUUUGAUACUCAGAAAAACAGCAGGUUUUUAUUUUCUCAAGUAAAUGCAAUAUGAUAACUUAGACGAGAUUCCCUUUUCAAAAUGUAGACUUUGAUUUUGUAAAUCCCACCACAGUCUCUGCAGGAUUUUUUAAGUUUUCGUCUCACGCAAAAUAGUCCCAUUGAGGUGCUUCUACUGUAGGCACUUUUCUUGAGACACAAGCUUUGGUAACUCAGGAACUGACUGCUUUACUGGUCUGGUGCAACCAAUAACAAACUCAGUCACAGGUGAAAAAAAAAAUAGGUUCCUGCACCGAGGGUCAUGUUUGUUUGGGAACUUUAUUUUAGGAUUCCUGGUCCUAAAGUUCUUUGAAAUCUUGUCUAAAAGAGUUACACGUAUGACUGAGAAGUUUCCCACAGAUUAAAAAAAUGCUGAAUACGUGUGCCUACAGGUUACAUGUACAUUUGACGGAAGAUGCAGAAGUUUCAUUCCACAAAUUAAGGUCUCUACAUUUCAAAAAGCUCCACAGAUGUCCUCAGAACUCCAGCAGGACUGUCAUGGGCUCCAUAGAGUUCAGUACAAUCUCUUGUUUCUGUCCGUAGAUGCCCUGCUCUACCUUCACGCCCGCCUUUGCGCUCUUCACCGAACCCGCCAUGAGCUCUCUGCAGGUGGACACCAGGUUUGAGAAGAGCUGGCUGCCCCACCACAGCUCACAACCCGCCUUGUACUGCAUCCGCUUCUUUGGCAUCAGCUCCCCGACCAGGGAGUCCUGAGGGACGAAUAAGACGUUCCCGGGGAGGUCGAGGAUGGACACCAAGUGCCUGGUGUCUUUCCGGAAAUGUUUGACGGUCAUCAGACUGUUGGCUGGAGAAAGAAAGAAGAAUGGAAAAAAAAAACAGAAUUAAAGUUUGUUUAAGAUUCCAAGAUACUUUUAAAAUUUGACCAUUGGGAAAAAACUUACAUGAGGAAAGUUAUUUACUCACUAAAAUUAAUUAAAAGCAUCAAGGAUAUUGAAGUAGUGUGCAAAAAAGGGCAACAUUUCAGACCAAAACAGGGGCAUGUCAUCAGCUUGGUUCCUUAAAUUUCUUACGCUAACAGGGCUCGACAAUGCGACCAUUUUACUCGCAUUUGCGACUACUUAUGUCGACCAAUAAGACACACAUUAUUUUCAUUGUGCCCCUAAAGUUCAACAAAAGUUAGCUUCAAGCCCUGGCUAAGUUCAAGUAUUUAAGGAAUACGAACAACAUAAUUUACCCAUCUCCUGAAUGAUGUCCUCAGUGGCUCCAAGGAAGAAGCUCACAUAUACAACCAUCCCCUCCUGGAUCUGAGAACAGAGUGAGGACUUGAUUUCUGACUGACAGCUGACCCAAAUGUUGACACAGAAAAUUUAAUUAAAAAAUGGUCACGUUAAAAAAGAUUUCUUCGUACCUCUGCCCACUGAGCGUCAGACCCGUCCACAGCUGGUCUGAUCUUGACUUUGGCCUGGCUGCAGUGCUGGAUCACCAUCCGGGCCUGAAGUUUCCUGGGCUUUCGAAUGGGUGCAGGGCUGCAAAUACACAAACAAACACACAGAGUUCAAAAUAAAUGAGGUGACGUGCGUUUUAAAUGUCACCAUUAAAUACACGGGUUUUAAAGGGCUUUGACAAACAAAGAAAUCGUGAAACUUGGGCAUUAUUUGGGCAACCAAAAAGCCCAAAUAAUACAAAACAAGAGGAUGUGAAAGUAAAGUCAAUGUGAAGAAGAAUUGAAGAAAUACAAAAAACAAAAAAAAGGUGUGAACAAAAGAGAAGAAUGAAAACAAUAAAAUAAAAUAAAUACGAGAUUUAGAGUUAUAGCAAUAAAAAAAUACUUAAAGAACAUCAAAACAAGGGAAAGUAAAAAAUCUAAAAACACCAAAACAAAGAAGAAAAAGACAUAAAAGUAAUUAGAAAAAAACAAAAAUAGCUGAAAUAAAAUAAAGGAUAAGAGAAAUAAGGUAACAACAGGAAAAAUAAAAGAAUACAAACAUGAAACAAUCAAAAUAAAGAUGAAAUCAAGCAAAUAAAAGGAGGAACAAUGAGAAACAAUUAGGUAAAUCAGUUAAUUUUAAAAAUCUAUUUUCAAGACAUUAAAAGCAAAAAUCAGAAUUUGAUUGAUUGCAAGACUUAAAGUUGGAUAUAUUCAAAACCGCUUUAAGUAACUACAAGUACUACUGAUGUACAUUAAGAUGGUAAU